AUGAGCCCCCUGAAUUCAGUCUACUUUAGAAACGCCACUAUUGUGCAUCCCGACUUCUUUUUCAUUAGUGGUUUUGCGGGUAUUCCUCACACAAAAUACUACUAUGUCUUCUUGUGCUUUGUUUAUGCUCUGACUCUACUGGGGAACACUUUUGUCAUGGUUAUAAUUUACACUGACCACUGUCUUCACAGUCCAAAGUACAUUGUAGUUUUUAAUUUGGCUGUGUCUGAUUUGUGUGUAAGCACGGCACUUGUUCCUCCGUUGAUUGACACCUUCCUGUUUAAAUCACACUUAAUCUCCUUCGAGGCCUGCUUGACAAACAUGUUUUUUGUUUUUUUGUUUCUCAUUAUGCAGUCUUUCACUCUAACUGUCCUUUCCUAUGACAGAUAUGUUGCUAUAUGCUUUCCACUGAGAUACAAUGAGAUUGUGACGAAUAAAUCGAUGUCGGUGAUCACAACAGUAACAUGGAUUAUCGCAGGACUAGCGAUGCUGAUAGCCCUGAUUUUCAUGAACAAGCUGUCCUUCUGCAAAUCCGCCGUGAUAAACAGUUAUUUCUGUGAUCACGGACCCAUGUUCCGUUUGGCGUGCAAUGACAACACUCCAAAUUAUGCGAUUAGUCAUUCACAUCCAGCUCUGAUUUCCUGGCUUCCAUUACUGUUUAUCACAGGCACGUACAUUUGUAUAGGCAGAGCGUUAUUAAAAAUUGCAGGUGCCUCAGAGCGCCUCAAAGCCCUGAAAACCUGCACCUCUCAUUUGAUCUUGGUGUGUGUGUUUUACCUUCCUUUAUGUAUCACCUUUGCAAUGGGUGCCACCAUUCACCAGAAUGCCAGGAUUAUUAAUACAUCUCUGGCGACCGUUUUGCCGUCUAUGCUGAAUCCAAUCAUUUACUCCCUGAUGACAGAAGAAUUCAAAGAAUCCAUUAAAAAGUUCUACAGAAGAAAGAAGAUACACAUCACUGGAAGGAAUACAUGA